AAGAUAUCAUUUCUUCUUCUUCUCUUUGCAGUGCUGGAGUCUUUGAAUGUCCUGAAGAUCGGUUACCACUCGACUAUGCCAAGAUCUACCCUGAUGAUAAGAUGUCUGGUGAUAUUCAGAUGUUGAUGGUCCGAUGUCAUUUCUACAAGGAUGGCUGUAGAUGGACGGACCAACUCAUGACUCUACAGGCCCAUCUGGAGUCUUGCCAGUACAACAUGGUUGCAUGUAAGGAGUGUAGCGCUAUGGUAGCUCGUAAUCAUCUCAAGGAUCAUCUAGACAUUGACUGCCCUCGUCGCUCAGAGACCUGUGAAUACUGUGGCUCAGAGUUCACAGGCAGCAAGAUAGAUACUCAUCUUGGCAAAUGUCAGCUGGAAGUGGUAUUCUGUGAAAACAAGUGUGGAGCUAAGCUGCAGAGACGGUUUAUCAAUCAUCACAUGCUCAAUGAGUGUGCAAAACGAUCUAUUCCAUGUAAAUACUGCCACAAGGAGUUCGUCUAUGAAACACUACAGAACCAUCUUCAUCAGUGCCCCCGGUACCCUGUAUCCUGCCCUAACCGAUGUGAGCCUAAAAAGAUACCCAGAGAAGAGAUGGAGAAACAUCUAACAGAAGCCUGUCCAUCUGCUCUCGCAUGCUGCCCUUACAAACAGCACGGAUGUAAACACAAGGGUCCACGGAUGAGUUUAGAGAGGCACCUGGAUGAGAGCAUGAAGUCCCAUCUCACCAUGAUGUGUAGCAUAGUCAGUAGCCAGCAGAAGACCAUAGAGCACCUACAAGGUCAGCUAGACACCAUGUCUCUCAACACCGAUGGCCAACUCCUCUGGCGUAUCACAGACUACGCAGAAAAGUUCUCCAAAGCCAAGAACGAGGAAGAGGUGGAGCUGGUGAGUCCUCCAUUCUUCACUGGUCGCUAUGGUUACAAGCUUCAGGUGUCCAUCUUCCCCAGUGGUAACGGCUCCGGGGAGGGGGAGCACGUCUCCGUCUACAUCAGGGUGACCAACGGUGACUUUGACUCGUUGCUUCGGUGGCCGUUCACCUUCCCCAUCUCCUUCACGCUCCUGGAUCAGAACGAGGAUCCUAACAAACGCAUGCACAUCAAGGAAUCCUUCACACCCGAUCCUACGUGGAAGAACUUCCAGAGACCCAGUAAGGAUGUCCACGUCCUGGGCUACGGCUACCCGACCUUCGUCUCCCACAACUUCCUUAAGACCCGGGACUAUAUCAAGGAUGAUGUCAUGUUUCUCAGAGUGCGCGUUGACUGCUCUAAUUCACAGUCUAUCAAGAUCAAGAAUGAUUCCCAAUCAUCGUAGCAUGACAUCUCCUCUAUGAACUUGUAUUGAAAAUACAAUCCUUUAUGCUUCCAGGCUUCAAUAGAAGUGGUAAAUACCAGUCUUAGUCUUCAGAUGUAUUGGUCUGUAGAUGAAUGCAGUACUGAUAGCUCUUCACCAGUACUAGAUGAAACAAUACUAGCAUUUUGAAUUUGAUGAUUUAAUAAUACAUUGUAAAAAUUCAAACACUUGCAAGGAUCAUUCUUUUUUACUCAAGUGCAAGUUGCGGUACUAAGGUGUUAAACGACACUAGCCAUUUUAUUUCUCUUUUGAUAAUGUAAUGGUACAUUGUCAAAACGAAAUCAGCUAGCUGCACAUUGCUAGGAUGUCAAAUACAUGUAUAUGUGGGAAGUGUUUAAACUUUGUGUUGAUACAAGCACUUGAUAACAUUUGAUAACAUAAGUAUAACCAUGACUACAAAAUGACUAAUGAAAAACAUUACAUAGCAUUAUUACAAAAUGUUAAGUUUGUAUGAUGACAUUUGUGACCAAAACAAAUUAUGAAAUCAACCUCAUACUUUGUUUGUAUGUAAAUUUGAAUACAUUUAGUGCUUGAAGUUCACUCUGAAAGUAUUCAAAAUUGUAACAAAUCAUUGGAAUUAGCAAAUAAUUCAAUGAGGUAUAUGAAUUCUCUAUGAUUACAAUACAAACAACUCUCAGUGUCUACCUCAGGUCUUCAUUUUAGGAUCUGGAACUCUCAAGGAUUGCAAGAGCAAUAAUGUUUCUUUGAGCAACAGCAUAAAUACCCUGACAACUAAGCAAUAGACUCCAUGUUUAUGGAAAACCUCCAUGCUUACAAUUCUUCUCAAUUUUCAAAAUAAAAAUCUGUUGCAUUUCCUUUUUCUCAUUUUUUUCAAAGCAUGCCAGUCCAAAUGACCAGAAACCUCCCCUUUAUUUUUAGUUUGAUGAGUACAAUUGUGAUGGCGUACAUCGCUACCCAUUUAUUAUAUGGGUAAUUGAAGGAAAAAUAUGGUUUUGAAAGAUAGUCCUGAAUUUUUAAUUUUCAUUAGAUUUCAUGAAUUACUUUUUUUUUUUUUUUUUUACUUCUUCUCUGUUUCCCUCUUUGGAAACUUGAAUGGUCGAUUUUUCAAUUCCCCUUGAAAUAAUGCAUGUGCCUUAAAACUUGAUUAAUUAGCAAGUUAGCUUCUCUCGCAUUCCUUAUUCCACACAACAUGUUCUUAUCUUUGUUUCUCUCUGAAAUCAAACUCUUCAUCCAUUCUAAGCCUUUCCUACCGUUAUUCUUUUUUUUCCUGAUCAUGAUUUUACCCUUUCCUUUUCUUCCAUGCCCCUCAUCUUUUCUUCAUUCUUCUUUUUUACCCUCUGUAUGUUUGUAUCAAAAAGCAAUAUUCUAGUCAGGAACUUGUAAUGUUUGUAGAAGUAAAUGUCAAGAACCAUUCUAACACUAGUCUUAAAGAUGUUUGUAGUUCCAGCGCUUUCUCUUGUAAGGUUCCCUCCUACCAGUACAAAUUAUGAAUAUGUCGUCUACUAUGUCGGCAGUACUUAUUGAUAACAAUUUAUUUACUCUUUUUUCAGACUACACAAUAACAUCUGUAAUGCGAGGGAAAGUUGUUUGUAAAUAUUUCAUUUAGUGCAAUAUCCUUUUUUGUUAAAUUUUCUUUAGCCAUAUAUUUUAUAUCUCUUAAUCCCUAUGUUUAGUUUAGUUUUAGUUUCAUAUGAAUUAUUUAGAGUCCAGAAUUAAACUUAAUUUUGAGAAGAUUUUGUGAAAUCAUAUAGCACCGAAGAGACCUAAUGAUAACAAGAUAGAAACCUGCAAACAUAAAUAUAAAAAAAAAAAAAAAAAGAUAGAAACCUGCAAGUGUGGGGGUUUGAAGAAUAAACACUACAUGUAUAUGGCACAAUAUUACUAUUUAUAGUAUUGAUAUUACUUUUUUCAGCUUAUAGUUUUUUUUAAUUACAUUCUUUUCACUUCUUUUUCUUAUCUUUUCUUGCCAGAAAGACUAUUUUUUGUCUAAUUCUAUCCAAAUUUUUCUGUUUCAGAAUAGUACUGAAUUGACAAGAACCAAUGGAAAUGGUUUCAUUGGUCUUUAUUUCCACUAAAACUCUUUCACAAUUUAUUUUCCUUUUUAAUCUUUAAACGUUCCUUACAUUAGAAGAAACAUGAAUCUAUGUUGAUUUCUCGACUGCUUAACAUCAUUUUUAACCCAACAGACAUCAUUGGCAGAUAUACCAUGUAUACCAAGAUAAUACUAUCUUCAACAUGCACUUACAGAAGAGUUUAAAAACAUCCAUAGACAUUGAUGAUGUUGAUGUAAAUAUGUAAA